GGUGGCAGCGGCGGUGGCGCUGGAGGGCUCCUGUCGGGUUUCGGCCGACCCGUGGAACGAGGACGUCCCUCCGCACGGCUCUUUCUGCUUCCACCAAGCCGUUAUGUCCCAGAGCAGGCAUCGCGCUGCGGCCCCGCCGCUGGAGCGCGAGGACAGCGGGACCUUCAGUUUGGGGAAGAUGAUUACCGCUAAGCCAGGGAAAACGCCGAUUCAGAUAUUACAUGAGUAUGGCAUGAAGACCAAGAACAUCCCGGUUUAUGAAUGUGAAAGAUCCGAUGUGCAAAUACAUGUGCCCACUUUCACCUUCAGAGUAACCGUUGGUGACAUAACUUGCACAGGUGAAGGUACAAGUAAGAAGCUGGCGAAACAUAGAGCUGCAGAGGCUGCCAUAAACAUUUUGAAAGCCAAUGCAAGUAUUUGCUUUGCAGUUCCUGACCCUUUAAUGCCUGACCCUUCCAAGCAACCAAAGAAUCAACUUAAUCCUAUUGGUUCAUUACAGGAAUUGGCUAUUCAUCAUGGCUGGAGACUUCCUGAAUAUACCCUCUCCCAAGAGGGAGGACCUGCUCAUAAAAGAGAAUAUACCACAAUUUGCAGGCUAGAGUCAUUUAUGGAAACUGGAAAGGGGGCAUCGAAAAAACAAGCCAAGAGAAAUGCUGCUGAGAAAUUUCUUGCCAAAUUUAGUAAUAUUUCUCCAGACAACCACAUUUCUUUAACAAAUGUAGUAGGACAUUCUUUAGGAUGUACUUGGCAUUCUUUGAGGAAUUCUCCUGGUGAAAAGAUCAACUUAUUGAAAAGAAGCCUCCUCAGUAUUCCAAACAUAGAUUAUAUCCAGCUGCUUAGUGAAAUCGCCAAGGAACAAGGUUUUAAUAUAACAUAUUUGGAUAUAGAAGAACUGAGUGCCAAUGGACAGUAUCAAUGUCUGGCUGAACUGUCAACUAGUCCCAUCACAGUCUGUCAUGGCUCUGGGAUCUCCUGUGGCAAUGCGCAGAGUGAUGCAGCUCACAAUGCUUUGCAGUAUUUAAAGAUAAUUGCAGAAAGAAAGUAACUUGGAGCAACUUAGAAACUCCUUCGGUAGCACAUAGAAAGUUCCCUUCCCUUCCCAAGUAAAAUGUUUAUUACUAUGUUUGAGUUUGUGUGUUGUUUCUAACUCUCUUCAUAGAUUACAUCAACACUCCAGACUUAAUUAUCUCAUAGCAGUUGUUAUUAAGCUUUUUAAUGGCUUCAACUUUGUACUGGUAUAUUGUAUUUAUAAACUUUGUACCACAAGGCAGAGUAUACCACUCGUUUUACAAUGCCAUGCACAUAGGAGAAAGAAAAUGCAUGUUUUUUGUUUAUGAUGGUUACAAUGAUGAAAUAAAACUGCUAGCAACAGUCUUUCUUACUGGUGCUUAAACUCUUCUUUGUGCAAGGCUUUGUAAAGGGAAUGCAAAGGAAGCCCUUUAGAAUUAAAGUAUUGAGGGACAGCACUAACAGGCUUUCAUUGAAUGUGGAUUGUAGAAUUUCAGGGAAAUGAUUGGUCUACUGUGUAUUUGAAUCCAUGAAAUAAAGAGCUGUUAUUAUACUGGGGUUCUGUGCAUUUUAUUGAAGAUCUACUGACUUGAUUGUUGACCCUUUCUUUUUAGGCACUCUUGUGACUAAUGUUAUAAUUUGCAUUUUCUGUUAUUUACCUGACUCUAGUUUACUUCUG